CAGAUGUUCAUCAGGUAGAAACAAGCUGUAAUGUUACCCUACAGGACAGAUGUUCAUCAUCAGGUAGAAACAAGCUGUUACUAAUAUAUUGUUGUUAUUAAUAUUAUUAAUAUUAAUAUUCCAGAGUGGGUCCAGCUUCCACGUGUUCGAUCAGGCUCGUUUCUCUAAAGAAGUUUUACCAAAGUUCUUCAAACACAACAACAUGGCGAGUUUCAUCAGACAGCUCAACAUGUAUGGUUUCAGGAAAGUGGUCCACAUCGAGCAGGGGGGUCUGGUGAAACCAGAGAAAGACGACACUGAGUUCCAGCAUCAGUUCUUCAUCAGAGGACAGGAAGGACUGCUAGACAACAUCAAACGGAAAGUUACCACGGUGGCGUCGGUGCGUCAGGAUGAAGCCAAGAUGGCUGCCGACGACGUGCACAGGAUCCUGAACGACGUGCAGCUGAUCAAAGGGAAGCAGGAGACCAUCGACUCCAGGAUCAGCUCCAUGAAACAUGAGAACGAGGCUCUGUGGAGAGAGGUGGCCAGUCUGAGACAGAAACACCUUCAGCAACAGAAAGUUGUCAACAAGCUGAUCCAGUUCCUGGUUUCUCUCGUCCAGUCCAACAGGAUCAUGGGAGUCAAGAGGAAGAUUCCUUUGAUGCUCAGUGACUCUAGCUCCGCCCACUCCAUGCCCAAAUACAGCCGCCAGCUCUCAUUGGAGCACAUGCAGGCUGCAGCCAAUCUGCUGUCAGCUGACUCUCUGGUGACCUCUGGACCAAUCGUCUCUGACAUCACAGAAGUGGUCACGCCCACAGCAGAGAGCGUGAUCAGUGAUUGGAUGGAUGAAGGUGACAGCCAAUCGGUGCAGGUGAAAGAGGAGCCGCUCAGUCCUGUCCUGGAGGUCGGAGACACACCUGUGGACACCCCCCUCUCCCCCACCACCUUCAUCAACUCCAUCCUGCAGGAGAACGACACGCAGAUGCCCCCCUCUACAGAUCCUGCUGCAGUCAGUCCCAUUGUUGUGAUGGAUCCCUCCCCUGCGGGGCCCCUCCCAACAGACACGCCCAGCCAAUCGCCUGCCUCCAAUCCCACCCCAAACUCUGCGCCCUGCCCCUCCAAACAGCAAAGUUGUCAGACCAUCGCCUGCAUCGACAGACCCCGCCCGCCUCCCUCUGCAGGUGGACUCUCACCUGACGUUUGGCGCGUCGUUCCAACACGAACUGAUAUAUCUGAACUGUCCAAUCACGUGGACUGUAUUGACAGCAGUCUGGAGAACCUACAGAGCCUACUGAACAAUCAGACCUUCACCUUUGACACGUCCCCGCUGAUGGAGUUCUUCAGUUCGACUGGUUUUUCUGGAGAUUUUGACGUCGACAGUUUGGACAAUCUGCUGUCGGAUGACAUCCCAAACGGAGGCGAUGACAGCGUCGACACAGGGAAGCAGCUGGUGCACUACAUGUCGGCCCCCAUCCUGCUUGAAGCGGAGCCGCCCGCCGAUGACCCCCCCGCCGCACUGCUAAGCCCCGCCCAUCUGCUCUCUGACCUCUGACAUCAUCCACCAGGCGCAACACGGCGGUCUGAGCGCAGCAACAAAGGAUGAAAUCAGAGUUUUUAUUAUUAUUAUUAUUAUUAUUAUGCAGAUAUUAACCCGUUUAUGUCUUCUUUUUACUUUAGCUUUUUCUUCUUCGCUGCUUUCAUUGAGUCAUUUUGUUUCCAGCUGUUUCCAUGGCUACAGUCUAGCUGUUUCAGAUGUUUUCUGCAUGUUGGUUUUCAUGUGUAAAAUACAUCAAAUGAGAAACUGAGUAUUUUUGCAAAGUUUAUUAUGAUGAAUGAAAGUGUUUAACCCCCCCCCCCCCCCGUUACUAUGGAGACGAG